UCUUCGGACUGUAGGCGGCCAGAUAACCCGGGGAGGACACUGAGGAAGGAUAAAAACACURACUUGUGCUUCUGUUUUGUGUCUGUGUCGACAGUCUGACAUGGCAGCCAAUGGAUCGAGCUGUGAACAAUCUCAGAGACGUCCAGGACCUAAAGACAAACUGAAUGGCAAGUCCACAGAUUUAUCAGUGAGAGAAAGGAGACAAAAAGACAAGGAAGAGCGUCUCUCUCUGGUUUUAUGGAAGAGGCCCAUCAUCACUCUAAAUUAUUUCCUUCUGGAAACCAUCAUCAAGCUAAAGGAGUGGACAUAUGAGCUUUGGCAUCGACGAGGAACAGUCUUCUUAUUUUUGGUGUUGUGUUCCGUCUUCUCUAUCACAUACUCUGCCGAGGGAGGCCACCAGCAGUAUGUUCAGUACCUGGAGAGGAAGUUUCUAUGGUGCGCCUACUGGGUAGGCCUUGGGAUCCUGUCCUCAGUAGGACUUGGAACUGGUUUGCACACCUUCCUGCUUUAUCUGGGUCCUCACAUAGCUUCAGUGACACUGGCAGCUUAUGAGUGUGGGUCCACCGACUUCCCAGAGCCCCCUUACCCAGACCAGAUUGUCUGUCCUGAUGAUGGAGGGUUGGAGGGCAGCAUCUCGAUCUUCUCCAUCAUGUCAAAGGUCCGCCUGGAGGCCUGCAUGUGGGGUGCGGGCACUGCCAUCGGAGAGCUGCCUCCGUAUUUCAUGGCGAGAGCUGCUCGUCAGUCAGGAGCUGAUCCAGACGACGAGGAAUACGAGGAAUUCGAGGAGAUGCUUGAGCAGGCCGAGGGCGCGCAGGACUUUGUCACAAGAGCAAAACUGGGAGUCCAGCACAUGGUGCAGAAAGUGGGCUUCUUUGGGAUCUUGGCUUGUGCCUCGAUUCCCAAUCCUCUCUUCGACUUGGCUGGAAUAACCUGCGGACAUUUCCUGGUUCCCUUCUGGACCUUCUUUGGAGCAACUUUGAUCGGGAAAGCCAUCAUCAAAAUGCACAUACAGAAACUUUUUGUUAUCAUCACCUUCAGCAAGCACAUAGUGGAGCAGAUGGUGUCACUGAUUGGGUCUGUACCUAAAAUAGGACCAGCAAUCCAGAAGCCCUUCAGUCAGUACCUGGAAGCACAGAAGAACAAGCUGCACCACGCUGGAGGAAGUAGAUCAGCGGAUGAUAACUGGCUGUCGUGGGUGUUUGAGAAGGUGGUGCUGGUCAUGGUUUGCUACUUCAUCAUCUCAAUCAUCAACUCCAUGGCUCAGAGCUACGCCAAGCGGCUGCAGCAGCUGAGGCACUCGGAGGAGAAGACCAAGUGAUGAAACUCGGGGCGGUGCACACAUCCAAGAGACUGUGCUGCUUCUUCCUCCUCUUCUUCUUCUUCUUCUGCUGCUGAGUGCGCAGUGCUCACAGUUUACCGACAAACCUCACCAUCAUCCAUCCUCAAAGAGGCUGUUGAAAAAAGAAACAACAAAAAAGAAGAAACUUUUUGUUUGCGUGUGUGUGGGUGUGUGAGGACGGAUGUGUCGUUUUAAUCGUUUCUUAAAGAUUUGUGGUUCUUCCUCUCUUAUCUCACUCUGCGUGUGAGUCAUGUGAUUGGUUCAGCUGCUGCUGGUCUUAACAUGUUACUUUAACGUUUAAUUAAUCCACUCAUCGACCUCAGAAGUGCAGCAGUGAUUUGAUGGUAGCUGCCACGUCAAGGGCAGCGCCCGUCAUGAUGCUACGCCUUAUGCAAAGAUGGGAACGUCCAAAUUCCCUCGGAUAUAAAUCUUGACUCAUUUUACUUGAUCUUUAUUUAAUUUUGUAACCGUUGCGUAUGGAUGGACGUAGAGUUUAAUCUUACAAUGUGCUGCCAAGAUAACUGCAAAAGAUGAGGUUCCUUUUCAGGGUUGUUCUCAUGUCUGUUUUUGUUCCUGUGAGGCCUGUUUAUUUUAUUUCAAGAACUGUCCGUUUAAAAUGAUCAGAUGGUGGAAGGAAAAAAAAAACAAGCAAUAUCAACUUAAAACAGUGAGGUAAAAAUGGUUUGCACAUUGUGUAUAUAUGUUAAUAUCUUUUUGACAGUAUGCUCGGUUGUAUUUCUAUUCCAUUUGUUGCUGUGGACAUGAACAAAAACACAAAGAAUAUAACAGUUAAGUGGCAAUGUACUCUUAAAGAAUAAUCCCAUUUCUACUCUGUACAUUUAGGUCGAAUCUUGGAUCAGAUCAUAUAUAAAAUAAGGAAAUAAUGACAUUUUUAAAAAA